UUACUAAUUUGGGAAGAUGCACGUAUCACAUUGUCACAUGCCUUGUAAAAAUGCAUAAAAGUGUUACUGAGCAAAUGACCAGUAACACAGUUUCAGUGCAGAUUUCACCCGCGGUUUGGACUUUGAACCCUGGCUAACGAGACAGCGUCGCGAGCUUGAGCAACGCUGUUUGAACGCAAUUCAUGCGUGUAUUAGAAAACGUAACUAGCUAUCUUCGUUGCCGGACAAACCUUAAUGGUCUCGAGCAACACAAAGCGUCCUCAUUUUCCCCUGAGUGCGCAAAGCCAGUCAUGUUCCUCUGCCGAGGCGUCUCCUCUCACCUAUUCUCCCUUAAAUGUCCUCCAGCAGUACAGGAAGCCGUAUCUCUUCAGAAUAAAUGUGAAACCACAAGGUGGCGCACAUUGUAUGUUGAAAACAGGGGUAAAGUUCUUGUCUCUCCUCCCCUACAAACCUGCAACUCACCUCCCAUUUCCUGACUGCCUUCAUCAGCACAGACAAGCCUGAAUCAGACUACAGAAAUACAUCUCAGCAGAGCACAAGGCAAAGGAAAUUUCAAUCAAAAUCCAAUAAUCAGAAAAAUGGAUCCCAGCCAGUCUUUCAAUCAGCCUCCAGGGGCCUGGAAUUCAUCUGAGAAAUCAGCGAUGUUGUAUCCUUCGGCACCACCACCACCACCAUACCAGGCCAAUCCUGCUGGAUAUUGUCCUCCCUCCUUUCCAAGCCAGCCAUUCCCCCAAGGCCCCUGUGCCCUGGGGCUGUAUCCAGAACAGCCCGUGGUUGCUGUACAGCCUGCAGUUUUUGUGUCGGCCGCUCCACUGUCUUGUCCUGUGCCAGAUUACUUGGGUUACUCUAUUUUUACCAUGCUGUGCUGCUGUUUUCCUCUGGGCAUUGCUGCACUUCUUUUCUCCUUCUUUACUCGAAAUACCAACUACUCAGGACAGCGAGAAUUAGCAGAGAAGAACUCCAAAAUGGCGCUCAUCCUGAAUCAUGCUGCCCUUGGUACUGGCCUCAUUUUCAUUGUACUGUUGAUUAUUGUCAAUAUUGUGUUUUGAGUUGAUAAAAGCUAAUAGAGCUGUCAUGGUUGGAUGUAGAUAACAAACAGAUUUGAUUCUCUGCAUUGUAAAUGCUGUUUGCUCAAUGUGUAGCCAACUUUCAACAUAUGCUUUAAGUCUGAUUAUUGUAUGUUUUACUUUUUUACUUAUCUUGUGUGCAGCCGUGCUAAUUUGAACCUUUUUUUUACAUACAUUUGUAUUAUGUAAGUACAUGUAUUGACAUAAAAUACAUUCACUGACUACAUCUUUCAAAUAACUGUGCAUGAAUUAUUUUCUCACUCAGACACAAUCACUAUCAAAACUCUUUAUGUACCUACAGGCCUCAAACAAACAAACGAAUAUCUAAUCAGCAAUUUGCUGCAUUUCCACAGUAAUAAAAAAAUACUUUCAAAAGA